AAGCACAAAUCAAAGGCACUGAAAAGUUGAAUUUAGUUUUAUUAAACCAAGCAGGUCAAAUAACAAGUUUAGAAGUUGUAUAAGGUACUCCAUCUAAUUAAUAGUGAUACUUUGAAACAAACGACAUUAAACAUGAGUGGAAACGACAAUGUAUUAAAUGCGGCCACUAUUUUGCCGUAUUAUAUUGAGUUUAAAGCAAAAAAGUUCGGUUUUAAGUCGAAUAGUGCGCCGAUCAGAAAUUUUCACAAGAACGAGGUCACCGAUGCGGUCUUUGAAUUAUGUGAGAAAUUUGAGCAUAGAUAUGCAAAGAGCUUUGAGAAAAGGUGCAAGGAAUGUGCGAAAGAUAACUUAACUCAGGAGGGUUAUUGGAGCAUUUUGAGUCAAUUGUUAGACAACGAUCUUAACUGGGGUCGCAUUAUAGUAAUAUUCGCAUUUGCUGGGGCAUUGUCGGUAGACCGAAUGCGGUCGAAUUGCCACGGGGACGUUGAGAUUAUCCAAGACUGGACGUGCAAGUUCAUGAAGAAACACGUAGAAAAAUGGAUUGCAAAGAAUAACGGAUGGGAUGGACUUGUGAAAGAAAAACAUCGGGAAGACGUGGCACGAAGGGAUAAGUUUCAGAGAAGCAAUAUUCUCGUGAAAAUGAAUGGACUGGUAGAAUUCAACAACAAACCAGAUGAGAAGCAGAAUGGUGGGUGGGGCUGUCUGUUUGUGAGCGUGUUCAUUGCCGCGUGCCUGCGAGUGCUUCUCCCAAACCAUUUCUAAGCCCAACGUUAAGAUCGCUGUUUUGAAUAUUGCUGUUUACUUGUGAUAUCGUGCAAGCCGUAUGGAUUUAUAUACAUGGCACCAAAUAGAUGUUAUAGUCUUCAUUUUCUGAACUUUAAUAUACAUGUUUAUAUUUUCAUUAAUCCAUUCCAUUAUUAUAUUGACAACUUAACUUGUUGUUUCAUCAUUUAAGAGAUGAAUGUUGUUGUUUUUAAAAGUUAAAUGUAUCGAAAUUAUAAAAUAAAAUAAAAUAAAGAG